AUGGCCAGUUUCAAGACAUUCAUUAACCUCAUGGCUAAGCUCACGACUCCUCGCGAUCUAGCCGCCCUCCGAGCCUACCAUAUCGAUAACUUCCUUGAUGAUAAAAUUUUCGAUAACAAACAUUUUCGACGUCUUAUAGAUGGCGCGAGGAGACUCAACCCCAUCACAAAAGUACGGAUUAGAAAACCGAUUUCGCGUGACACUAUCACGAAAUUAUCCGCGAUCCUCGCCACACUCCUGUUACAGCCCUCGGAGAUGACAGCGAACCUUCUAGACGAUCUGAACUUCGCCACCGCGUGUCGAGUAGCAUUCGCUGGGUUCCUCCGCCUCGGGGAAUUUACCUACAAGACUGGAGAGCUCAGUAUACGUUCUAUCUUCUCAGCCACAAAAUUAACGCGCUCCGACGUUAGAUUCUCGUCUUCAUUAGACCACGCACAACUCACGCUAAAGCGCAGCAAGAUAGACCGCCGCCACGAAGGGGUGUAA